GAGAGAAAAGGCGUUAGGGAAGAGUUUCGUACGGUUGUCAUUCCCAACGGAAGAAGAGGGUGUGUUAGAAGUUUACCUGUCCGUUGUUACCUGGCGCAUUUGGUAGAACUUUAUGUCGGCACUUGAAUUUAAUCUACGGUAGGGCGUUGAACACUGGCUUCAAUCAGGCGUAAAACAGAGAAGGCAUUAAAGGAUGCUAAGAAAAUCCUGACACGUGGCCCCAACAUGAGCGUGACAUCAUGGUUUCUGGUCAGCAGCUCGGGCACACGCCACAGGUUGCCCCGGGAGAUGAUCUUUGUUGGCCGGGAUGAUUGCGAGCUAAUGCUGCAGUCUCGCAGUGUAGACAAACAGCAUGCUGUGAUCAACUAUGACCAAAACACAGACGAGCACAUGGUGAAAGAUCUGGGCAGCUUGAACGGGACAUUUGUGAAUGACCUCAGGAUCCCAGACCAGACCUACAUCACCCUCAAGCUGUCGGACGUCAUUCGUUUUGGUUAUGAUGCUCAUGUGUACAUCCUCGAGAAGAGUCAGCACAAGGUCCCAGAGGAAGCUCUAAAACACGAGAAGUACACCAGCCAGUUGCAGCUCGGUAUAAAAUCUCUGGAAUCCAAGAUCAAGGAAAAGCAACUGCUUCACAGCUCAGAGAAGAGCAAAGACUCUAUCUCCAAUGUCAAACUGCAGGACAGGACUGAGCGAAAGGCCCUGUCCCUCACAGCUACCACAGAUUCUCCAAUAUCCAAGCCUACACCUCUGUAUGGCCAACCAUCCUGGUGGGGGGAGGAUGAAGACCCAGCCAAUAAAAGGCUGAACAGAGAAGGAAAAAUGCCAGAACAGGAGUCUCCAGAACCUGAUAAAGACAUUCCCAGAUAUGCAGUCAAUGGUUCAUUGUCAGACAGUCAGGCCAAGACCACGUUCUCUUACCGCCGAGAGCCAAGCUACUUUGAAAUCCCAACCAAGGAAUUCCAGCGACCCACCAAAAAGCCAGAGUCACAGGUUCAAGAGGUUCCAACAAAGGACACUUCAGAUCCCACUCAGUGUGUCCCCUCAAGCCCAACACCCCCUGUGGUCCAAAGCCAUGCCUCCUUCACCAUCGAAUUUGAUAACUGCUCCCCAGGGAAAAUGAAGAUAAAAGACCAUGUGACCAAGUUUGCGCUCCGCCAACAGCGAAAGCCAUCCACGGAGGUAGCUACCACACCUACAGAGGUGAUUUCAGCAGAAAGUAAAGUAGCUGACUGGCUGGUCCAGAGCAAUGCUAGCAUGAUGAUGAGGUCACAAUGUGAAGAUGUGCACAGCACAAACGGUGACCCAUCAGUUCUGAAGAUCACUAAAGCAAACCACGGAGAGGAUGAUUCUCACAAUAAUUCAGGGCAUCCCGCAAUAAAUGGAAAUGAUUUCCUCCACUCGGACUCUCGGAUUGUUCCCCAGGUUUCUCCACAAACCCGAAGAGCUUCCCCACCACAACGCUUUAACUCCCCAGACUCUGAGGGACCUGUGUCCUACUCUCCAUCAGAGUCCCAGUCUAUUUCCAGUCAAACAAAGGCUGAGCCUCACCAAGCUUUUGUCAUUGAAUUCUUUGAGGAUAACUCAAGAAAGAAGCGCUCCCAAUCUUUCACUAAUACCACUGCCCCACCUGAGCCCUCAGGUCUCCACCUCCAGCAGGAUAAGGGAAGAAAAAGCUUGAGCCCUACAGGGGAGAGACAAGUCCCACCUUCAUCCUCCACCAUUCCUCCAACCCAACGUUACACUAUCCCACUGAAGGAACCUGCUUCUUCAGGGUUUCAAAGAGCUGGUUCUUUAAGAAAGGAAAAGACUGAAGACCGAACUAGCACUAGCUUUUCGGCUCGCUCUACAUCAUCUGUGUCUGUAAGACCCUUUAGCAGCGUAGGCCGUAGAUCCAAACUUACACAGGAAUUUACUGCUGAACUACUUAAACAGCAGAAGCAGAGCUCUUCUUCCAGCUGGAACAAAAGUACUUCUGAUACCCCUAAAGCAGCUCAAAGAGGAACAGUGUUAGUUUCAAAAUCUGUUCAGAACUCCACAAGCCCUCCUUCAUCUGAUCGCCCUCUUCAGCCUCGGGCUUCCUCUCCUAUCCGCCAGCCUGUUCCACUCAAGGUUCCCAUCAUGGCUGUGGCAUCCCAGAGUGAGGAAGUUAAGAGCCCCAGAAAUGAAGAAGAUGACAGUCUGAGUGAUGCUGGAACCUACACCAUUGAAACAGAUGUUCAAGAUAAAGAGAUAGAAGAGGCACGUAACAAGAUUGAUCAGGUGUUUGGAGUUGUUGACAACCCAGAGCGAAGGAAGCACAGUGAAGCAGAAUCAUCAUCAGCAUUUAGACCUGUUGUUGUUCAGGGCAGGGAGGAGCAUAGGCAGAGUAGCUGUGGGGAGGUGAGGCCAGCUCCAGAGCAGGGAUAUAGGCUGGUAAAGGGUCAGCCAGCAGGUGCAGUGUUACAGGGGGCUCCUAAGUGGAUGUCUUGCUGGGCCAGCUUGGCAGACAGCUACACAGAGUCUGGCCCUUCGUCUGGCCUCUUUGACAUCCCAUCCCAGAUGGAACUGUCAGGAGGGGCACGAGGUAACAUCAUCCAUAAGGCCACAAUCAGCCGACACCAUGAUGGCUCAGAUGCUGACGCUAGACGCAUCUUGCCACAGGUACCGCAGGGGGACCGAAGUGACAUUCCAACUCCCAGUAUUCAUGUUCAUUAUAACCCUAACUCAACAUUCGAUGUAGAAAACAGUAGCUCGGCAGCCCCCAGGAAUCAAGAUGGUAUUCACAGGUUAACAGUGCAGGAUGAUGUAGAGCCUGACAGCCUAAGUGAUGCCAGCAAGUCAGAUGAUGGAUCCAUCAUAGAGCAGAGGAAACCACUGUCAGAUACAGAGGAGAAAAAAAGACAGGACAAGCCCAGCCUCCCUGUCAAAUCUACAUCUUUUUACAUUGGAUCAGAGGAGGAGUCCAAGCCACAACGUGAAGGCUUAAAACCCAGCACUCCCAAGGCUGAAAGGAAACAUGUUAACAGAACUUUCUCAACAGCCACUCUUACCAAACAAAAAGGCAGUGAGGACUCCGGCAAAGUCAAACCAGCUGCAUCAGCCCCUGUACUGGGCCACAGCACCAGUCCAGAAAGGAAAGAAGCCCCAGUGCCACUGUUAAUCAGACAAGAGAGCUUCACGAAGGAGAAGCCUAGCAAUGCUGGACUCCCUAACAUCUCUAGUCAGCCAUUUCAAAGAGAACCAGACUGUGGAUUAUUCCAGGGGACCAGCAGUCAGGACACUCAUUCUUACCUCAAACAGACAGAGGAUGUUCUGGCUGUUCUUGAGGCCAAAUUCCAAGCAGAACAAUCAGGGGCCACACCUUCUCCCAUUAUGGACUCUCUUUCUGGGGACUCUGAUGUGGAUACUUCCAGCACGGUAAGCCAACAUAGCAAUAAGACCAAGCCAAAUUCACCAGUUAGAAACCAAUCUGCUGGUAGCCUCCAAAGAGAGAGGUCUUCAGCCAGUACAGCAAGUCAGGACUCGAAUCCCCAUUCUGCUUCAUCUGAAAAGCACCAUUCUUAUGGAUCAAAAAACACCACUAAAACUGAACAUGUCAGAAGGCCAGUAGGAUUGAGGCGCAGUGUGGGAAAGCGUGGCUCCACAGACCUAAGUGAUGACCCUCAAAGCUUACCGUACUCUGAUCAAGAGUACAACAACCAAACACGGAAAAAGUACAACGUGCCCCUUCAGAAGGAGGAUGGCAAAACCUCCAGAGCAUCUCAAGCCUUGAACCGUGCCAACAGUUUAACAACCCCAAGACCCACCAGGGCCUCCAUGCUCCGCCGCGCUCGACUGGGAGAGGCUUCAGACAAUGAGGGGACAGAGAUAGACAAGAUGCCAGGCAAUGCCGUUGUUAAGCAGCCCCAGGAAACAAAGAAACUCUCCAGACUGGAUAUGCUAGCUAUGCCUCGUAAGCGGACUGGUUCUUUCAACACACCCAGUGACAACGAGGCCUCUUCCACCCCACAGUGGACAGGCAGAAGCACAGGAUUCUCCAACCGUAGCACAGAGUCGAGUUCAAGCUCCAUUCAAAGGGUCUCUACUCCAGGGGCAAAGCCUGCGGAGAGGCCACAGAAGGCAGCGCUCAGCAGAACUCCUGUCACUCGUGCACGCUCCAGCAGCGCCAAAUAUGCUAGUAGCACAGCAAGCUCCAGGAGGAGACAGAAAGGCUCUGACUAUACUUCUACCUCAGAUGAGGAGUACGACUCAAACCGGAGCAAUCUUAAACACAAACGCUCCCAACAUUUCCCAGCUUCUCAUAGUCAGCCUCGGGCCCAGCCAGUGGUUGCUCGACAUCCAAAAUCCUGCAGCAGAGGUUCUGAAGAGGAGAACCAGGAGGGACACAACUUCCAAAACUGGUCCGCCCACAGUGCUGAGAUUGCACGGCUGAGUCAAGACCUUGCCAAAGACUUGGCUAUCUUAGCCAGAGAGAUCCAUGAUGUAGCAGGUGACGGUGAGCCUCAAAUGCCCGGAGUGGAUCAUAAUGCACCUGUUGCCUCAGCAACUGCUCAUGGACAGCUGGUUUCACAUACCCCAGAGACUGGAUCAAACCACAGAGUCCAAAAAGGUUGUACACCAAGAAGAGAGCCUGACCAGAGCUCUGGUGAUCGUGAACAGAACUCCAGGCAACAAGCUCAAACAAGAGACGAGGUCAUAGGGGAUAGUUUGAUGCUGAGUCCUGUGCAUCAGGUCAUAAUGGCUAUCAGAGAAAACAUGGAGCAACUUGCUGACAAAAUUAAGGUACUAUUUCAAGACCGGAUGGAUAUCUGGGAAGAGAUUGAGGCCAAGAUGAAUUCUGACAGUGAUUUUCCUGUUUUCAAAGCUAAUGACAAGGAAAUCACAUCUAUGUUGAGAGAACUUUGGCAUGUUAAGAGACAAAUUGAGGUCAUUAACACAGUUUUGGAACCCAGUGGUACACAGGAAGCUACCAGCAGCUCAGCUUCUGCUGUCUCCUCCUCGUCUGGAGUUCGGUCUUCCAAACCUCCAUCAUCACGAGACUGGAGAACAGUCCACUCUGUCUCCAAACGUGGUGGCGGCCCGCGGCCCAGCGAGAGUGUCCGGAGAGCAGCUGUCACUCCAGACGAUCUCAGAGAGGGUUACUUAGUUUGAGAUUAGAUACAAACACUCUCGAUUCACCAGGUCUGAACUUUUGCUACAACUCCACAAACCCAGGUGCCAGCAAAUCAUGCACAAGUGAAACCAGGUGGAGGUGGAAGUGAUACUAGAUUCACAGAGUGACAGUGUCCUGCUCCACCAAACAUACUCACUUCUGCAUUGUGAACAGUUCAAACUAAAAACAGUACAGUGGCGUAAAACUCAGUCCAGCCUGCACACAUCUCUCUUAAAGCAGAGUGAAUGGGAGGCAUCAUGUGAGGCUGUGCUUUAAUAAAGCACAGUGACAUUUCAGAAAAUCUCACUCUGAAAGCCUGCAACUUGAUUUUGUGUUAGACUUGACUCUUUAUUUACCGGUGAUGUGACCAACAUAGCUGAUUUUUAUGAGAGCUUGCUGUAAUGAUACGGCUAACUUAGAACCAGCCUGUGCAUAAUUAUCUCUGGGAAAUCUAUAAAUACUUUAAACAUUAGUGUUUAGUGGCAAAUCACAUUUUUGAGGUAUAUUUUUUAUUUAGCAAAGAGCUGCAAUUAUAUCUUGUAGAUGUCUAUGUACUGUGUUUGUAUCCUCAACCCUAUUGUAUUUCUUUGUAUUUUUUUCCCCGUUUUUUGUGUGUGCCAUGUUCCUUUUUGAAGACUAGAUUUGUGGAAGAAUGUAAACUAUUUAUUGGUGGUCUUUUGUGAUUUACACCAGGACUUUGGGAGAGACUUGGUACCCUGUUGUGCCAGAGCAGUUAACAUUAUAUUACAAAGUUGCUACAAGGCAGUAUGGUGUGUAUGCUUGGUAACAUUUCCCUCCUGAGGAGAGGAACGCUACUUUCUCCAGCCAGGGGUUGGAAAUCCCUCAGGAAUGUGUGAUCUGAAUGGGAGGAGGAGUUCAGUCCCAAGUAAAAGCCACUUAGCAACCAAAGUGGUUGUAAAAAAUACUUUUUGGAUGUUUUGAACUAUUCCUACUUUUGAAAAUUGUGUUGUGUGACAAAAACAACAGUGGUAUUAUUAGAUUUUGUGUUAGCCCAGAGGUUUUUGCCAAAGACCUUCAUAAAAAAGUGUUUAUACUGAGUUCAUUACAACCUCCAAAUGAAUGAUACACACACUAUGAGCUAUCAGAGAACUGUGGUUAGUUUAUUUCUUGAAGCUCUGAGCCACAAAUUCACUUUUUUAAAUUCUCACGACAGAAGAAAUGUAAUUUUUGCAUUUAAGUUGACAGAAUUGUGUGAAAGUGUAAAUCUCAAUGACUAAGGAUCUCCACAUGUCCCUCAAAUUACCUCUCACUUUUGUGUUUUGCACUAUUGUAUUCAGCAUUGGCCCUUUAGUCUGAUAUGCUGCAUACCAAAAGCUUUUUUUUCUUCUUUUUUUCCCAAUGAAAAACUGUAAGCAUCUGAUGCCGGGGAAGCUUUUGCAGGGAAAGAUGCAACCAGCAAGUUUUUGUUUUACUAUUUCCAAUACGGAUUGUGCAAACGUUUGUAAAUGGAAAGUACCUACAAGUGCCGUAUGACUGUGGGGAUGAUCCAGAAAGUGUUUACAAACUCAAGUAAAAACUGAAUGUUUCUUAGUCUUUCCAAACUUAUUGCUGCUACGUGUCUAUUGGACAGAUUUACCUGUUGCUUUCUUGCAGCAGUUGGAGAAAGUCAGAGCUGAAAUAUGAGUUGCAUGUCAUUUAUUUGAUAUUCACUUUCUUUUUCCACAUCUUUCCACCCCUGAUGCUUUGGUUGUAAUUUGCAGCAAAUAUUUAUGUUUAUUUGUGUCAUUUCUUAAAUGAUAAUGAUUUUUUUUUUGUUUGUUUUCCCAAAUAAACUUGAUCAGUAUA